AUGCCAGCCACACAAGCCGCGUCAGUCGGUGUGGCAUAUGUGGCUGCAGCGCUCGCCCUUGGUGUGAGUCUCGGGUUGAAGCUGUACGGUCUGCCUGAUCAAGAUGAACUCGAUCUCUGGCAAGCAGUCCGUCAAGUCCCUGUUAACGCGAUACCUGCAGACAUUCUGGCAGAGUGUUUGUCGGGGAUCGAUAACGCAGAACGCCCUCAGCCCGAUGACUGGAUUGCCAUAUACGGUGGCUCGUCAACAAGCGCGCUCUUCAUCUCCGAGAUCUCAAGGCUGGCAGGUCUCAGAGUCAUCCUCCUCGCCGAUGGUGUGAAGCAUGGUGGACGACUCAGUGAACGGCAAGGAAGCAUUCUUGUUGACAGCCACGAACCCGCUAGAGCGAUCAAGAUCGUACAGUCAAUUACGAAGGGAAAGCUUAGAUUUGCAGUCGAUACAGUCGGCAAAGAGACGGCAGGACACUUGGUACAGAUGUUGCAGGCAGACACGCAAGAAGGCAAGAGAGCUCAUCUGGUAGGACUUACCGGAGUACCGCAGGACAAGAUCGAGGGCGUGGUGUUCCAUUCGGUACCGAUCAAGCUGUUCCACGAAGUGCCAUCGAUUGGUAUUGCUUUGAUGAACUGGCUGGAGAGAGCUCUAGAAACCGAAGCGCUUGCACUUCCAGAGGUUGAACAUGCGGAUGGAGGGUUGAGCGGUAUCAACGCUGCACUAGACAGGAUGCGACGCGGCGAGAUCUCUGGUCGUCGACUGGUGAUAUCCGUAUAG